AUGUUUUUCGGAAUACGUUUUCCUUUCGAGACAGAUCGUUUGGCUCGCUUUCCCUUUUCCAAAUACUUGUUCAUUUUUUCUUUUAAGUUAUUUCUGGUUGUUGUAAAGGCAGAAAUAUUAGACUGUACGAUGAUCAAACAUCCCAUAAAUAUAUUUGAAAUUCGGUCAAAUGUACCUGUACACUUUUUGAAAACUCAAAAUGUUCAUAAUAGUCCUUUUAUUAAAAAAAGGCAUAAAAGAAAAGAUGCGUCAAACCCUUUAAAUUUUUACUUUAUCAAUUAUAAAAAAAAAUUAAAGAAUUACACAAAAGCACAGAAUUCCAGAAGUUUCAGUACCUAUUAUGUUAAUGGAGAACAAAGGAAUAAAAAUUUGGGGGAGGAAAAGGAGUGUACACAAAUGGAUAAUGGGCAUCAAAAUGGAAAGGGAAGUGAGUGUAAAAUGAGCCCAAUGAGUGACUACAGGAGUGGUUAUACGAAUGAUAUUAAAAAUUCAAACGAAAAUAAUUGCACAGAUAGCGGCAAGAAUGGCGGUAAAUAUUGCCCCGAAAAGAGCGGUGAAUACUGCUCCGAAAAUGAUGCACAGAAUUUAAAACAAACAUGUAACAACGCAUCAGAAGGAGAGGAAAAAAUAUUAUAUUUAAUAAGCCCAAGAGGUUUUUGCAAAGGCGUAAGCAGGGCAAUAGAAACAGUAGAAGAAUGUUUAAAAUUAUUUAAAACAAAAAUUUAUGUGAAACAUAAAAUUGUUCAUAAUGAUAUUGUUUGUAAAAAUUUGGAAAAAAAAGGAGCUAUAUUUAUAGAAGAUUUAAAUGAUGUACCGGAUGGGAAUAUAUUAAUUUAUUCUGCACAUGGAAUAAGUCCACAAAUUAGAGAAAUCGCAAAAAAAAAAAAUUUAAUUGAAAUUGAUGCAACAUGCCCAUUAGUUAAUAAAGUACAUGUAUAUGUUCAGGUAAAAGCAAAAGAGGGAUAUAAAAUUAUAUUAAUUGGUCAUAAAAAUCAUGUAGAAGUUGUAGGUACAUAUAAUGAAGCACCUGACUGUACAUAUAUCGUUGAAAAUGUAAAUGAUGUAGAAAAUUUAAAUUUUCUAGAAAAGCAAAAAUUAUUUUAUGUUACUCAAACAACUUUAAGUAUGGACGAUUGUGCAUUAAUUGUAAAAAAAUUAAAAGACAAAUAUCCAAAUAUUGAAACUAUACCCAGUGGAUCUAUAUGUUAUGCAACGACAAAUAGACAAGGUGCUCUUAUACAAAUAUGCCCACAGUGCGAUUUAACAAUAGUAGUAGGUAGCCAAUCUUCUUCAAAUGCAAAAAAAUUAGUUUAUGCAUCGCAAAUAAGAAAUGUACCUGGGGUAUUAGUUAACACUGUUGAUGAAUUCGAUUUUAAUCUUCUCAAAAAUGUUAAAAGAAUAGCUUUAACUUCAGCUGCAUCAACACCUGAGGAGUUAACACAAAAAUUUGUGCAAAUCUUGACGAACCCUCCAUUUAUGUACAGCUUAAAAAUUUUUAAUGGCGUUCAAGAAAAUGUGCCAAAGUGGAAACUCCCAAAAAAUCUCCUAAGUAUUAUGAAGGAGAAGAACAUAAGGGGUUAA